AUGUAAUAAAAUGAGAUGAUUUAGCUACUUUAAAAAACUGGUGAUAAAUUAAAGAAUAGAAAAUUAGAAAGAAUGAUAGCUGUAAAUCCUUCGAAUACAUAAUUCACAUAAUAAUUCUUAUAAUAAUAACUUGAUAAAAGCAAUACUUAAAAAUAAGGAACGUUACUUACUCAAAAUGAAUUGAAUUAAGCAAUAAAAAAGUUUCAAGAAUAUAUUACUAAAAACUAAGAUAAACAUACUAACAAGACUUAUUAAAAAUCUUAAGAAAGUGAAAAUUUAUAAGAUAAGCAAAAAACUAUAAAUUUUGACACAUCCUUUUCAAAAGUCUAAACAAAGCAUUCACAUAAAUUAUCUCAUGGUAUACCAACAAUAUAAAAUGAUAAAACAUAAUCAUAACAUAUUAGACAAUCUUCAGAUAUUGUAAGAAAUGAUGGAAUUGUGGAUAAACUCUAUGAUUCCCUAAUGAGUAAAAAUGUUGGUAAUUCAAAACCUAUUACACCAAAAUGUGGGAUCUUUCAAUUUCCUUAAGUUCCAGAUGAUUAGUAAGAAUAAGCAAAUGACAACUUAGAAGAAAUAUAUUAUAUUUAGAAAGUUAAAUAAGCUGUAUUAUUAUAAAAUUAAAAUGAUUAUUUUACUAGAUUAUAUCGAAAUCAUUUUAAAUAAUUAUGUUAAGAAUUAAGUAUUGGUAUCAAAUUAAAACCUGCCAAUUAUACAGAUAUUAAGAAUAAGUAAGUAAAAUUAGAUAAAUUAAAUAAAUAUAAAAGUAUUUAUUUAUAUAUAUAUAUAAAUUUAGAUUCAAUAACUUUAGUUUUUGAUUUAGAUGAAACAUUAAUACAUUGUAAUGAAAGAGAUCAUAAAUUAUAUGAUGCUAUUUUAACUGUUAAUGUUAAUAAAACAUAAUAAGUUUAAGCUAAAAUUAAUGUACGACCAAAUGCAAUUGAAAUAUUAAAAAAAUUAUCAGAUGAUUUUGAAUUAAUAGUUUUUACUGCCUCUAAUAAAAUAUAUGCUAAAAGUGUAAUUGAUUAUUUAGAUCCAAAUAAUGAUAUAUUUGCACAUAGACUUUAUAGAGAAUCUUGUAUUUUAACAUCUGGUGGAAUUCAUGUUAAAGAUCUAAGAAUACUUAAUAGAAAUUUAGAAAGAGUAGCAUUAAUUGAUAAUUCUGCUUGCAAUUUUUCAUGGUAAAUAGAUAAUGGAAUACCUAUAAUUCCUUUCUUUGAUAAUCAAUUAGAUGAUGAACUUAAACAUUUAUAUAAGUAUCUAUCUGGUAUGAGAGAAUGUAAUGAUGUUAGAGAAUAUAAUAGGUAAAUUUAUAUUAUAUUUUUAGGAAACAUCUUUAAUUAUAUAAAUAUACAGGAAAUAUAAAUUAAUAUCAAAAUAUAAGUAGAUAUAUGAAAUAAUAAGAUUUUGUGAUUGAAGAUAAAGAUUGA